AAAAGAGACGCUCAGACCGAGACGCUCAGUCAUCCUGGCACUAGUCUACACUGACAGCUUCAGUGAAAUCAGUAAUCAUUCAUAUUUCAUCUUUAACCGGCUUACAUCGAGACAAUGUGUGACUUCGACCUGUCUCAAGCUUUGGACGGCUCACCGGACUGUGAUGAGACAGGAUUUGAGUCCGGCUGCUUUGACAUGACGGACGUUCAGGAUGAGUUCUUCCAACUCGACGAGGGACUGGACAUGUUGGUUAGCUGCAAUCGAAAGACCCUGCAGUCUGUGGCUAACCUGCUGCUGGCGGUGAACAGGAUGAAAAAGUCCCUGACGCGCUGCGACAGCAACGAGGAGCUCUGCAGCGCCAUCAUGGAGAGCCUGGUGACCGUAACACUCGUCACGACGACUGAGACUUCGUCCACAGGCGUGAAGAGAAUAUUCCAGCGUAUCAACAGUGGUAAUCAGUACACUCUGUGUGACAGUUCACAGAAAUACAUCGUCCAGGCGUCAAGGGGGUUUCAACUGCAGGCCGUGACUCUGCAGGGAGGAAACGGCGACAAGAAAGUGAAUUUUAAGUUGUCGCGGUACAUCACUCCGAAUGUCCCGGCUGAUGAAGUAGGGGCCGUCGUCCUGUCCAUCACCAACACACUACACAUGUCCUGCUGCAUGAAGGACGGGAAGGCUGUGCUCAAUCUGGAGGAAUGCAGCAAGGAGAAUUUAAAAAAGAUCAGCGACGACGGAGACAUGGACCGGUUCCUCUUCUACAAGAGAACCACGGAAAUAUCUCUGACCACGUUUGAGUCGGUGAAGUGCAAAGGCUGGGUCAUCAGCACUUCCCCCGAGGCUGAAUACCAGCCGGUGGAGAUGUGUGAACAGGCCGCCGGCCGCCGCCUCACCCGCUUCAAAAUGACCUGAAAAGUAUUGCUGUUAAACAGUUUAAAUGUAUCCAGAAUAAUAUAAAAAGACGAAAGAUUGCUAAAAGAUUUGUUUUUUUACAUUUAUUCUGCUUCGCCACUAGAGGGAGCAAACAUCUGUAAUGUUCUCAGCAGUGAUAAUAACACUGAUUUCACUAAAGAUAUUUUAACUUUAUUGUAUUUUCAAUCACUGAAUACAUGAUUUGUACUAACUAAAUGUAUCUCCUUUGAUAGGGAAAGUUGUAACAGGAUAUUCCUUAAAACUACUGAUAUUAUAUUUGUUGUUAAUGUUCAUUAAGCUAUUUUUCUAUUUCUCUGUCUGUUAACACAAAUGUUUUCUGUGUGUUUUGUUGAAACCGGAAAAUUAAAGACAUGAUCCUGUAAAACAAGUUUGAAAGUGGAACAGUGUUAAAAUAAUAUGAGUUUGUUUUGUGUGUUUGAAUGACAUGUUGAUACUUGUUUUACUUUACUUUUGUUAUUCAGCGUCCCGGUGACUUCCCUGUUCUUUCUUAAAGGGCAACUAUUAUAUAGCAUUUUCAGGACAAAAC